AUGGACUCGUUGGGGAUUUUUGGCUGCCUCAGUGUUGGGGUUCAUGAGCUGCUCAGGAACGGACAUUUGUAUUUCAGGGGGUCCCCAUGUGUUUUCAGCACUGCAGCUCAGCAGAGAAGUACAGGAGAUGAGUGUGGCCCAGAAGAUCCCCGUGAUGAGCCCAAGCAUCCCCUUUCUGACUGUGCCUUAGAGCACAAAGCCAUCAAAUUGGAAGAACAAGUCCGGGAUUUAACUGAGCGAUACCGGAAAGCUUUGGCAGAUUCUGAGAAUGUCCGAAGGAGAACGCAGAAGUUUGUGGAAGAUGCGAAGCUCUUUGGGAUCCAGAGUUUCUGCAGGGACCUUGUGGAGGUAGCAGAUAUCUUGGAGAAGACUGCUGAGAGUGCCGCAGAAGAAGCGGAGCCUAGUAAUCCAAAUCCAACCCUGAAGAAAAUCUAUGAAGGCCUCUCUCUCAUAGAGGCCAAAUUGCAAAGUGUAUUUGCCAAACAUGGCCUUCAGAAGAUGAACCCUGUUGGUGGCAAAUAUGAUCCAUAUGACCAUGAAAUAGUCUGCCAUGUACCAGCGGAGGGAAUGCAGCCGGGCACAAUAGCACUGGUGACUCAGGAUGGCUAUAAACUCCAUGGUCGCACUAUCAGACACGCACUCGUUGGCGUGGCAGUAGAGUCACAGGAAUGACAUGGGCUUACCCGUUGGCAUCUGGGACCUUACUGAGCUGAGGACCCCUCAGCACUCAGUCACAACUGCAGCUGCAUGUCUUUACUUAUUUAUUAAGCUAGGUUUGUAUUGUAUGUUGGCUUCUUUAUACUGUGUGCAGUCAUUUUGCCAUUAAUUCUAAGGUACUUGUAUAUUUAAUAAUCCUUUUUGGAGUAUGUGGAGUAGUACUAGGAGUCCUGCUAUUUGUCAGAAAUGUGGCACUGUAGCCCCCUUCUCUGUUGCUCAUUUCUCCAUUAAGACUCGUAUGGGGAAGAGGGGAGAUACGGGGGAGAAAGGGAAAUUCUCUGAGAACUGAGGAGUCUUGUCUCCCGGUUCCAUCUCUGAGACAGGCUCCUGCAGUGGCCUUCAGGAAAGUAACUUCUCUGCCUCAGUUUCCAUAUCUGUAUUAAGGGAAUAUAAUAAUACUUACUGACCUACCUCA